AUGGAGCAUCUUCAACUCAUUUACACGGAGGCAUCACAGCUGCUUGACGAGGGUCAUAUUAAGGAUGCAUAUACGAGAUUUCUAUCUGCAGUAGAGUUAUCCACACAGAAUCUCCAUGGAGUCAAGUUUGUUCAUCACACUGUGGUAUCGAAGCCUAUGCAAUAUGAAAACUCGUUAUCCAUCAUCCGAUCAAGUUUAUUGCAUCUGGAAGAAAUUGCUGUGCAAAGAUCCCCCGUACCUCGACAACAGCAACAACAGCAUCAUCAUUUGAUUCAUUCUAACCAUCCACAUCACCACAACUACCAUCACAACCACGAUGAUGAUCGGAGUAGCGGCUCUCCAGUAAAAACACCCCCACCACUCCCGCCAAAGCCUGCAAGGAUGCAUAACAAGCCCACGGUACCUCCAAAACCAAACAGGGUCCCCAACGCUUUGCCACAACACCCACCUCAGCCGACACAGCCGCAGCAACAGCAACAUCAUCACUCGCAUAGCGAACAAGAAGCCGUCGCUACAUCCACUACUGCAUUUGUGAAACGAAAUAACCGUGGUCGUGGCAAUUCUGUCAGUUUUGCAGAUCAAACGAGUGAUCAUGAAAUAUCGGACAAUGAGGAUAUUAUAGAGGAAGAACGCAAAAGUGAAGUUAAGGAUGAGGAGGAAGUGAGACUAGCCGACGACGACGACGAUGAUGACGAUGAUGAUGAUGACGACGACGAUGAAGUUAUAGAUUUUGAUAAUAACCAUGACGAAACGCGAGCAACAACGAUGCAACGAAGUGGCAGCAUACCCCCACCACGUCCACAUACCAUGACCGAUGCAUACUCGCAUCUGCCCAUGGUCGAUACCCGUCCUCGAUCACUGACAACUUCGCAUCACCACCAACAUCGAUCCAGCAUAUCACCUAUCGACGUCUUGGCCGAGUCCAUUGUCGAUGCACGUAUUUUGGUGCCCGCCCAAACCAACACGGGAGACAGUUUGGCACCGCCGACUGCGACACAAACAAUCGACUACGUUCCAAACAUUCCUGUUCCGCCAUUGUUGACCACGCAUCGACGAUUGCAAGACCAGUUGGAUGAUUUGGAAGCUUCGCUGAGCGAAUGCAAACAACGAAAGCGUGCCUUGUCUUCGUAUGCAGCCACCGAAUUGUCGUCGUCGUCGUCGUCGUCAACGGAAAACAACAACAGUACACUGCUGGACAGUGAGCUGAAUGACACAAUCUUGCAGCGCACGACAGCAGUUGCAGAAACGCGCGAAACACUGAAUCGAGUCCGAACGCUCUACAUGAGCGCAGCAACGGUGCCAAACGUCAUGCAAUUUCCACCACACCUGGUCGCUUAUCAGCUGACGCUGAUAGAAUUUGCCAUUUUCCGCGACAUCCCGCCGGACGCAUUGCUGUCGCACUCGCCACGUUCGCCCCAUCCCAAAGUCGUGGCCUCGACCGAUUUCUUCAAUUACAUUACGCGGGCGAUCGAGCACUCGAUCCUAUUACCGCAAGAAGCGUCACGACGGGCUGAACUGAUCAACCGAUGGAUCAAGGUAGCAACAAAGUGCCUGUCGCUGAGCAACUACCAAACACUCAAGGCGAUUGUGUCGGCCCUGGGGACUCCGCCUGUGCAGCGACUUCGACGGACGUGGGAUUGCAUUCCGAAGAAACGGAUGGGGAGGCUGGACCUCCUCAAUGCGCUCAUGUCCGAGUCUGAGAAUUACGGCCGGUAUCGCGAGCACAUGGGUCUAGAGACGAGACGCAGAUGGACCAAACCGGUGGUGCCAUUCUUGGGCGUGUUUAUCCAUGACAUGACCUAUCUGUUGGCGGCAGUGAAGAAAGGCCGUCAAGGAGCAGCAGCAGCUACAGCAGCACAAGACGACUCGCGCGUUCAGGACGUUGUGAAUUUGAUUCACCAUUUCCAACGUGCGCCAGCGUAUCCGCAACGGCCUCCGGCAUCGUAUGUAAAAGCGUCGCGCAAACAUUCGUUCGGACCUUCGGUCUUGACAAACGCUUUGCAUCGCACGUCGUCGUCCAAGAACCGAAUGAGCAACUCGUCGGCUUUGUUUGGUGUGGAUGUGGAUGGCGAUCAAGGCAUUGAGGUCGAGCAGCAGCUGAUCACACAGUAUCUGUUGAUGCGGCCCUGGGUCAGUGAAAAGAUCAUUGAUGAGCUGAGCGUGCUCCGAGAACCGCCCAAACAGCGCGCCACAACGUCCCCUGCGUACGGUCGAUCCAAUACUGCCAAUAACGGAGGGAACAGCAACGCUGUUGGCAGUCAUGGUGGGGGAGGGAGCAUGAACAAUAACAACAACAACAGCGGCAGCACGAGCAGUAACAGCAUCAACACCAGCUCGUUAUUGAGUAAUGCCAGCUCGCUUGUUCGAUUGAGCAGCAGCUACAGCACCAACACGAGUAGCAUGACGAGUUGGGAAGAGCCGGAUGAAACUACCAAACGAAGCACUGGGUUCUGGCCGUUCCGUAAGAGCUCUGAAAUGACUCGACCGACUACGUUGCAUUCAGAUGUUUACGAUCAUCAGCGUGACAGUUGGAGCGACGACGAUGACGACGAUCAAGCGCAUCACCAUCAUUCGGUAUUAUCCACUUCUUCACCCCAUCCUUCUCACACACCGCCCAAGUCGGGAGAAUCGAUAUCCAGUCGCACGGCCUCCACAACGACUAAGAUACUCACUGGCCAUGUACGAAGCUUUUCGUUACCUUCUGCAAAGCCUAGCAAUCUAUCUGAUGCUGAUACUGCAGCUCGUAAGCGAACGUAA